AUGGGGAGACAGGUAAUAAUUAGUUGUCUAUGCUUGCUCGUGUUAGACAAAACACAAGCAAAAGCCUUGAACGGUCAUAUUGACAAUGUGAACUCCAAAAGUUAUCAACGAUUAUAUAAAGACAGAUCCUUCGAUGUUUACGCUAGCGCCACUCCAUACGCUGCCUACUCCUUCAACGUGCCAACGUUUGCAGUUCCAAAGAGUAAUGUCAUUCCCGUUAAAGAAGAAAACGUCGUAGUACAAAAUGUGAACGGAUAUUUAAGGGAUUCUUACGGUCAAAGAUUUGUUCAAGCUCCUCAGACUUUGGCUUACAAGUCUACAAUACCGCAACAAUUUGUUCAGCUUCAAAAUUUGCCUGCACACCUGAGCCAGCCAUUAGUUGCCGCCGCCCCUAGCAUACAUUAUACAACACAACCCUUCUUCGGUCAGAGAUUACCAAACUUCCAGGUAUUUUCACAUACACCUGUAAAUUUUGUGUCUCCACAACAUCUUAUUCAAACAAAUAAUGUACGAAAUGUGGCUCCGUCCUCUGCAUUGAACGCUCAGUAUAGAACUCCGUACACUUCUCAAGCUUCUCAAUAUCAAACUCCUAUCAACAGUGAUGUUACCCAAACUCAAAAUGAACAAAAAAUACGGGAAGAACAAAAAGUUUCAGCCAGCAAUAACCGCCAAAAUCAGCAGCAGCAACAACAAAUAAACCAACAAAAUAAUUUGCAAUUAUUACAAGUUCCCAAAGAAAAUCAUUACACAAAUAUAAAUAACGGACAGAAGCCUCUACCAUUAUUGGACUUAACUUUAUUAGAACCUUUAAAGUUUUCAAACCCCAUAACACCGCAAGUACAGCAUUAUUUGCCAAGAAUAAAUAAUGUUAAAUAUGAAAAACUGCCAGAAGUUGAUGUAGUGAAGAAACAUCAAAUGGAAUUUAUAGUACAAAAUACGAAAUCGUACGACAGUGACUCAGUGAAACCAAAGCCUAAAAAAGAGGGAACGAAAAAGAAACAAAAGAAACAUAAUACACAAAAUAUUAUACAUGAAGAGGGCGUGCCUGAAACCCCAACUGUAAGUAAUCAUGAUACUCAGGAAGAAAAUCCCGAAUUCACCUACGAAAUCAAUUCGCCUAAUUAUAAGGAAACUUAUACAGAAAAAAAAGUGAGCUACAAUAAAGAAACACAACCGGAACCAGUACAUAUUAGUUAUAACGAACAAAGUGAAGUCAAACCGAAGCAUUAUGUUUACGAAAAACGUAAGGAAAUACAUCCUGAUAGUUACAACCAUGUGCAUAAUUCAAAACCGGCGAUUCAGGGAACUCAAGAAUAUUACAGUUCUCCCAAACAAACUCCUAAACAUCACGUACAAGACAAUCACGAAAAUAAAUAUGGACAUAAUAAUAAGAUCCAUACUCCAUCAGCGGAUUCAGGCCAGUCACAUAAUGUCGGAAAUAAAGGGAUAAAGCACACCAGAGAAGAAAAUCAUAAUAACAAGAACCACGAUGGAAAUAGAGGAUCCCCUAAACACUACGACAGACCGCAGCAGGGACAGGUGUAUUAUCAUUCAGAAUCUGACGAAAUACCACUGGCAUUCAACACAAAACAUCAAAAACCUCAAAACAGCUUUACACAUAAUGAACCAAAACAUUACCAACCAAUAACACCUGAAUACGAAGAAGAUAUUAAAGAUUUAUCCACACACCAACCUCACAGUCAGCGACAUCAUGAUGACAAUGAGAGGAGAUACCCAGCUCCUCAGACUGGCGGUCAUCAGAACCAGGACGAAAAUAAGUCCUAUUACUUUCCAUCCCCUAUCGUUGUAGAAAAUUCAAAAAAUGUUAAUGAUAAAGAAUCACCAGAGCCCAACGAAGAACUGAUGGACCAAAUGGUAAAAAAGAUGAGAGAGAAUGAAGAAGAUUUUGAAAAAGCAUACAAAGAUGCCGCUUACGGUUUCCCAGCGUUCGACACGUCUUCGUACGACGCUGAAAAAAAUAUUUAUAAUCCCGAAUCAUACGGCUCGACGAAUUAUUAUAAAGAGUAUGAUCACGAAAAAAGCCCAUUAAUACAAUACGAAGAGGAUGGAGACGAUUUCCCAAAAUAUACGCGUGCACAAUAUAAAAACAACAGGGAUAAAGUAAACGAUGAAUAUUUUGAUCACUACGUGGCUCGCAAACCCGAGAGUAUUGCAGACAGGAACAAUAGAAAAGAGGAAUACUAUCAGACAUUCAUAAACCAUCGACCUGAAUACUACUUCGGUAAUGAGCAAAACGAUAAAAAUGAAAAGGCAAAGUAUACGGCCGUACCAAAUUAUAACUUCAAUGCACCACAAAGAACUCAAACGUAUCAAAAAGUAAAUCAUUCACCCCAUCAUGGUGGAUAUGAUCUAUCAGCGCAAACUCCAAGCGAUAACUCUCCCUAUGGAACUCAGGCUUUUCAAAGAUACAAAAGUAAAACACAAUUCGUAGAGCCACAAUAUCAGUAUGGCUUCGAACCAGUGUCUAUACCUCAAUUGUUAGACAGUGAAAUGAGUGUAAUGGCGAGCGUCAUAAGUCCCAAAAACGAACACCCAGACACGAGGAAGAAGGAUUUUGUAGACAAUAACAGUUGGCUCGUCAAAAAACAUGUCACAAAAGCGAAAGUGUCCAGCUGA